AAAGACACCUAAGAAAUUUUUAGGAAAAUGCACGAGAGAUCUCCGUGGAAAUCUCGUUAUGUAUAUAAAAUAUAAAAUAUAAUAGAGAUUCCUUUUAAUCAAUCAAUCAACAACCAUAUUUUGUAAUUUUGAUAAAAAACAAAAACCCAUCUUCUUUUUAUUCUUCUUGUCUAGCUAGUUUUCUAUUUCAACAUAUUCCUCUUUCAAUCUCAUCAUCACUACUCGAUUUCUUUUUACGUUUCUGAAAAAAUUGUAUAACUUAUUACCACGAAACCUAAAAACAAAGAUCGAGUGGAGGUGCUGCGAUGGAGUCGGUGAAACGUGUUUUUCAAGAAAUAAAAAAAAAAGGUCGAGUGUUUGGUUCAGGUUCCAGUUCCAGUCAAGAAACGGACAUAAAAGAUUUGUACACUUUGGCAACAUUGGUUGAAGAGAUUAAACAUCAGCAUGUUUUGUUGGAUCGACCAAACAAAGAGAUAGACAAGCUAUUGACUCACAUAAGAGGACAUGAAGAGCUUCUACGAAAAGGAAAGAAACUUGAUCCAUGGAAGUUUAACUCUGUUAUUUACAGAGAGUUAGCUUUGGACGUUUCUGCUGCUCCUUUGGACAUUGAAAAGUUGAAACGAGAAGGACAAUUAUUGAGGUAUGAAGUGUUCUUAAGUUUCAGAGGCGAAGACACACGUGCUUCAUUCAUUUCACAUCUAUAUGCUUCUCUUCAAAACAAUGGAAUUACUGUUUUUAAAGACGAUGAGUCACUACAAAGGGGAGAUCACAUUUCAACUUCACUAAUGCAAUCAAUCAAAGAGUCUAGAAUUUCUGUUAUUGUUUUCUCAAAGAACUAUGCAGAUUCGCAAUGGUGUUUGGAGGAGUUGAUGAAAAUAAUGGAAUGUUACAGAAACAUACGGCAGAUAGUCCUGCCACUUUUCUACGAUGUUGAUCCUUCAGACGUACGUCACCAAACUGGUGAGUUUGGAAAAGCUUUUCAAAGUCUCUUGACCAAAACUUUGGAGAAGGAUGCGUCGCGGAAAUGGAGGGAUACCCUUCGUGAUGCUACUGCCCUUGCUGGCAUUGUACUCGUAAAUUCCAGGGAUGAAAAUAAGGCCAUCAAAGAAAUUGCUGAAAAAAUUGUUCAUUUGCUUGACAAGAAAGACUUGUUCAUUGCUGAAAAACCAGUGGGAGUUGAUUCUCGAGUGGAAGAUGCUAUUCAACUGUUAGACAUCCAACAAUCAAAUGAUGUACUACUACUUGGGAUGUGGGGUAUGGGGGGAAUCGGAAAAACAACUAUUGCUAAAGCCAUUUAUAACACAAUUGGCCGCAAUUUUGAAGGCAGAAGCUUCGUUUCAAAUGUUAGAGAAGUUUGGCAGCAACCUGCUGGAAAAGUGAGUUUACAAGAACAACUUUUAUCCAAUAUCUUCAAAGGAACGACGACGAAGAUAGAAAGUAUUGAUGAUGGAAAAAUCAAAUUAAAGGAUAGACUUUCUCAUCAUAGAGUACUUAUUGUACUUGACGAUGUGGAUGAGUUGGAGCAAUUGGAUGCUUUGUGUGGAAAUCGUAAUUGGUUUGGUAAAGGGAGUAGAAUAAUUAUCACAACUAGAAACAAGCAUAUAGUUGGAAGGAAUGUAGUCGACAAAAUAUUCUCAAAUAAAGAAUUGGAUGAAAGAGAAUCAACUGAGCUUUUUGAAUGGCAUGCAUUCAAGCAAGUGAGUCCUACAGAAGAAUUUGUUGCAAUUUCCAAAAAUGUAAUUAUGUAUUCUGGAGGGUUGCCGCUAGCUCUAGAAGUCCUUGGACGUUAUUUGUUUGAUAGGGAUGUAAAAGACUGGGAGGAUGUAUUGGAGAAACUAAAAAGAAUUCCCAAUGACAAAGUACAUAAAAAGUUACAAAUAAGCUAUGAUGGUUUAGAGGAUGAUUUCCAUAAAGCAAUAUUUCUAGACAUAGCUUGUUUCUUUAUUGGGAUGGACAAAAAUGAAGUUAUACAUAUAUUAAAUGGCUGCGGAUUUUAUGCAGAAAAUGGAAUAAAUGUCCUUGUUGAGCGGAGCCUAGUAACUAUUGAUGAUGAAAACAAGCUUAGAAUGCAUGAUUUGUUGCGGGAUAUGGGAAGAGAAAUCAUUUGUGAUAAACCACGAAAGGAGCCUGAGGAGCGUAGUAGGCUGUGGUUUCAUGAGGAUGUUCAUAAUGUAUUAGCAGGAAAAACCGGAACAAAAGCCAUUGAAGGAUUAGCUUUGAAGUUGCCAAGAGAUGGUGCGAAAUGUUAUAAUACCAAAGCAUUUACGAAGAUGAAGAAACUCAGGUUGCUUCAAUUUGUUGGUGUACAACUUGAUGGGGAUUUUGAAUAUCUUUCAAAAAAUCUGAGAUGGCUUUCUUGGAAGGGAUUUCCUUUAUCAUGCAUACCUGCAAACUUUUAUCAAGGAAAUUUAGUUUCCAUUGAGUUGGAAAACAGCAAUGUCAAAGUUGUGUGGAAAGAGACCCAGAGGAUGGAGAAGCUAAAAAUUCUUAAUCUUAGUCAUUCUCAUUAUCUGACGCAAACUCCAGACUUUUCGAACAUGCCUAAUCUUGAAAAGCUAGUACUUACAGAUUGUCCAAUGCUGUCUAAGGUUUCUCAUAGCAUUGGACAUCUCAGUAAAGUUCUUCUAAUAAAUUUGGAAGAUUGUGUUAGCCUUUGCAGCCUCCCAAGAAGCAUCUAUAAGUUGAAAUCUGUGAAAACUUUCAUUCUUGCUGGUUGUAAAAAGAUUAAAAAGUUGGAAGAGGACCUGGAACAAAUGGGAUCUUUAACCACUCUGCUUGCAAAUAACACCGCAAUAACAAGAAUGCCUUUGUCAAUAUUAAGGUCAAAAAGCAUUGGGUAUAUUUCUUUGCGCGAUUAUGAAGGACUCUCGCAUGAUGUAUUUCCAUCUAUCAUUUGGUCUUGGAUGCCACCAACAAGUGCACUUUCAUCCUUAUUCCAAACAUCCGUUGCCAUGUCAUUUAUUGUGUCUUUAGAUAUACAUAUACCAGAUGGUAGUUCCCAGGAACUGUCAUCUAUUUUCAACAAUCUUUCAUGGCUUCGAAGCCUAUGGGUAAAGUUUGGCUGUGAACUUCAACUUUCUGAAGAUGCAAAAAUCAUUUUGGAUGCUUUUUACGCCUCACUUUCGAAGGAAUUGGAAUCGACUUCAGAUACUUCCCAAGCAUCAAAUAUGAAAACUUCUGCAUUAACUCAAAGCUGCAGUCACUUGCACGUUUCUGAAUCAAAACCUUCCAUGAAGUCUGUUCUAAUACAAAUGGGCAUGAAUUGCCAAGCCACCAAUAAUCUGAAAGAAAACAUUUCACAGAAUAUGAAUGAUUGGUUAACCUUCAAUUGUGAAGGUUCUUCUGUAAGUUUUGAAGUCCCUCAAGUGGAAGGGCGUAUGUUGAAGGCAAUAGUAAUAUGCAUUGCCUAUUCUUCAACCCCAGAUGACAUAGCAUCAGAUUGCCUUACAAACUUGUUGGUGAAAAAUUACACAAAGGCCACCAUUCAGCUCUAUAAAAGAGAGGCAGUAUCGUCCUUAGGGGAUGAGGAGGGUCAGAGAGUAGUAUCAAGUAUAGAACCUGGUAACAAAGUGGAAGUAGUUGUUGUUUUUGAAAACAGUUUCAUUGUAAAGAAGACAACAAUUUAUCUGAUAUAUGAUGAACCGGUUGCUGAAAAAGUGGAGGAUUCUCAUGGAAUAGAUAAGAAAGUUAUUCUUAGCAGUGUUGAAGAAAACAAAUGCUUUGUCGGAAAGGUCUCUUCUCAUGCGCAAGAUAAGAGUGUUAUUUAUAGUAGUGGUGGAGAAAAUGAAUGCUGUGUAAGAGAGGUCUCUCCUCAUGCACAAGAUAAGAAUGAACCUAUUGUUGAAAAACUGGAAGAGUUUCUUGAUGCACAAGUUAAGAAUGAACCAACUGUUGAUAUAGUGGAGUUUCUUGAUGCACAAGAUAAGAAUGGUGAAGACAAGGAAGGAUUUGUCAGAAAGGUCUCUCCUCAAGUGCCUCUCAUGGAUGACUUAAAACAAAAGAGAAGGAACAUUCUCAUGAGGAUAUGGCAGACAGUAAAAGAAUGGUUGGGUAAGCAUCGGUGCUGUUAGUUGUGUUGGAUCGAUCAAAUAAAGUUUUGAACUGUGGAUUACAGGUUUUAAGCACAGAUUGGUAGCUACUAAUGCCCUGGUUUCUGAAGCAUGUGGUUCUGGGGAAAGGCAAGCUGCCGUUGCAGUUGAUUCUGAAGCUAUGAUCUUAAUUCUGAAAGGGUAACUGGGAUACUUGAUUAUUGAUCAAUAAAAAUGAAAAGUAAGCUUAAAUAGACUUGGUAGGUGGAAAUCAGCCAUGUUUCUAGAUAAGUCAUUCAAUAUGCAGAAAAAUUGGGUAAUCUCAAUUUGCUUCAAGAAGAGUUUAGCUAUGGGAUAAUGUGAAAAACAUGUACCUAAACUUCUAAUGAAAUUUUUCUUCAAAUUUGAACGAAGCAAAAGAGCACUUGCUCAUAAUAUUUGUUGUUUAUGUGUUUUUUUACAUUGAAUACCAAAAGAGAACUAUCUUCAA